UAGCUGCCAAUGAUUUAAUUACAUUUCGAAGUAUGUAGAUUUGAAAUGGUUUUGAAUAAGAGACUUAAAAUAGUGUAAAUAUUUUUUUAAAUUCUUUUUUACAGACGUAUAUUUUUUCUUCCCAGCGCCCCCCUCUCAAUCAAAACUCCCCCCCAACCGCUACUACCACGCGGCGCAAACGCAGCCCGCCGCGCGUAGCGUGCGUCAGCCUUUGUGUAUCCAUCGUGGACCGACCGCGAUGACGCGGUGAACAAAGGACGCGGCUGUGAUGCGCCAAACGCGAGACGGUUCCACCUUAAAUGCCGUCGCGUUCCACCUUAAGCGCACAUUGUGGCCACCGAACGGGCUUCCGUAGCGCCCGUCCAGCCGGAGAGUCGCACUCCGCUUUGACACAGCAGCGCCACUUGAGGAACAACAAAAUCCACACGCUCUUGGGCCGAACCCCGUCGAGAUCAUGUCCGGACCAAACAAGUACGGAGAGUGGAUCCUGGAAACAAUCGACUCUCUCCGCUCGCGGAAAGCGCGCCCGGAUCUGGAGCGGAUUUGUCGAAUGGUCCGUAGACGACACGGGUCAGACCCAGACCGAACCCGGGUAGAACUGGAAAAACUGAUUCAAGAACAGACUGUGCUUAAAGUUAGCUACAAGGGCUCCAUCUCUUACCGGAAUGCGGCUAAGGUUCAGAGGAAAAGCAGAAAGAAGAUUGAAGACGUUAUAUACAACAACAGCAGCAACGGCGACAGCGCGCUCAGCUUCACCGAUCAGGAGGACGACUCGGAGCCCAGCCCGUCUCGACUGCAAACGGCGGCCGGCAAGCAGCACGCUUCUCCGGGCAGCCCGAGGAGCGUCGCGAGUGCAUCGCACGGAGAUGCACUCGGGCGAGAAAAGCCGGCCGGGGAUGACACCCGCAACCAAACUUACAAGCACACGGUUGCCCAGCAGUCGGAACUUCCCGGAUGGCAGUCGGACCCGGGCGACCCGCUGGGACAGGGACAGGCUUCGGUCCGCAGCCUGUCCGAGAAGCGCCUCCAGGGGACCGCCGCUCCCGUCGCCGCCGCCACAAAAGGCCCCGUCAAGCCGCUCGGGCUCAAGGAGAUUUUGGGCUAUCUGAGCAACCAGGAGGAGCGUUUCUCCGAGGAAAAGCUGACGAGGGGCAAAGUCAAAGUGGUUAUGGAAAGAGAGGUGGCCCGGGGCAGGCUGCGCAAGACCCGCUGCGGGAACAUCACUCUUCCCCUCAGGGGGAUGACGACAACGAAAGCGUCCGCCGGGAGUCUCACGCUGCAGCCCGCGAUAAAGGAGAGUGAGCCGAUGGAGGAAGAUGAUGUGCAAGAGGACAGUGAAGAAGAGGAGAAUCCCCGGAGUUCUAAUGAAGAAGCUGGACUUUCCCUGAUUGCCAUGGCAACCACAGCAGCCCUGGUUGAGAAAGCCAGUGAAGAACGUGAGAUCCAGAAACCAUCGGAAAAGGAAAGCGUCUGUCGUCAUCCAAAUCAUGACAAAGAUGCCUCUUCAGUUACGAAUCCCCGCAGUAUGACUGGGUGUUCCCCUCCUUUGGAUGCUCCUGCGUCGAUGUGCAUUACAGCAUUUGUGCAAGAAAGACCUGCUACACCCAAUCAGCUGCCUAUGGACAUCCAGAGUCAGAUCCAGCACACCCAGUCAAGCUUUAUCGAUGUUGAAUGUAAAACUGAAGUAGGCGUGUCCUCCUGUUUGCUCACGCCCACGGCCUCCCCGAGAGAAACUGCCCUGCCUGAAGAACAAGGGACGAAUGGUGAAGUCAAUAACGGAGAGUGCAUAAAGAUUGAAGGAGUCAAGGGAAGCCCAAUGGACUGGACCGUGUCUGAUGUGGUCUCCUAUUUUACCACAGCUGGUUUUCCUGAGCAGGCCACUGCCUUUGGAGCACAGGAAAUCGAUGGAAAGUCUCUGCUCCUCAUGCAGCGCAAUGACGUUUUGACUGGCCUGUCAAUCAGGCUCGGCCCUGCUCUCAAAAUCUACGAGCGCCACGUGAAGGUUUUGCAAAAGACGCACUUUGACGACGUCGACUCCACAUGAACCACCAGAAUGUAACGGAAUAUUUUUGAAAAAGGCAUGCGUGGAACAAUUGCACUCAAACACACACAUAAAUACAUUGAGCUACACACUUAAAGGUUAUUCUAGAAUUGGAGAACAUUAAAAAAUACAAAAGCUUAUCAAGCAAAUCUAAAAAAUAAUACUAACAAUUAAAAAAUUUAAAAAAUAAAAACCUAAGAGAAAAGAAGCCAUGAAAAUAGUUUAAAAAAAAAAAAAAAUAAAUAAAUAAAUAAUAAAAGUUUGAAUGUCUUCCAUUUCUGGAAUGAUAUUUAAAUUCCGGGGGGGGGGGUGUAUUUUGUUUAAAUUAUUAUUAUAUUAAUCAAUUUCUGCACAAUCUACGUCAUGUCAUUUAAUGACCGACAAAAAAAAAAAAAGUCAAACUUAUUUUGCUUAUGUGUGGAUACAGUUUACCCAUAUUUCUAUUUGUUUUCUAUACAGCUUGUCCAUGCUAGGGUUCUAGUGAACUAGUCGCCAGUCAAGUGUACCUAUCAUUGUGAUUGGUUUCGAAGGAGAAAUAGACGCUAUGCAUCCACUCCAAAAUCUGGAGGUAGCCUCGACAAAAUCACAACAGCAUAUAACAAUCCCCUCAAGCAAAUUAUUGGUUAAAGCUAUAAUACACUUAAAAAUAAACACCAACUCAAAAAAGAGCAGAUAAUUUUACAAUAUGUAAAGAUAUAGGGACAAGAAUUUACAAAAAAAAAAAAAAAAAUACAAGCAAUUGUGUACUAGAUUGGCACAGGUUCAAGUAAAUCGACUGUUCUCAUAUACAAGCAGAUCUUAAACAAAAUAUACUUGCAUCAAACAUUCCAGCUUCUACAGUUUGACAGCACUUAGUAAAUGCCUAUUUUGUUAUUCAAUUGUAUUUAUGUGGUUUCAUUUGAUGAAUAUUGUCUUCUAAAUAACUACCUCUUUCCUUUUUCUAAUUUCCCCUCCAUCUUUCUCUUCAGAGUCCAAGAGCACGUUUUCAAUUCAUGUCGAUGUUUUUCAUGAUACCUAGACAAAAAAAAUGUUCAAAAUCAUUCCAUGGUGUCCU